CUGGGAUGCUGGGAGGGAAAAUGUUCGGCAGACUUCCAAGCCUACCACCACACCAUUCCCUUUAAUCAAAUUUGCAGCCUCCCACAGCUGCAUUUUAAUAAGCAGUGGCAAUGAGGCCCUUGGAGAGAGUUCACGGAUCUCCUAUGUCAAGCCUGGUUUUGCCUUAUCUUGUGAAUCAUCUGCUGGCACAUCCUGCGGACACACAGGGUUCAGGAAACGAAGUGAUUGCGGUGGACUGGAAAGGGCUGAAAGAUGUGGACCAGAUCAACAUGGACAGCACCAGCUCACUCCAUGGCAGCAGCAUCCACCGGCCCUCCACUGAGCAAACACGGGCAGAUUUCUCCUGGGAUGGCAUUAAUCUAUCCAUGGAAGAUACAACCUCCAUCCUUCCUAAGCUGAAGCGAAACUCGAAUGCAUAUGGGAUUGGAGCUCUUGCGAAGUCAUCUUUCUCCGGGAUAUCUCGCAGCAUGAAGGAUCAUGUCACCAAGCCCACUGCCAUGGGCCAGGGUCGUGUCGCACACAUGAUUGAGUGGCAGGGUUGGGGACAAGGCGCCAGCCAGCAACAGAUCCAUACUCAUGAAACUGUACGGAAGGAUGCUGAUGCUUACUCUGACCUUAGUGAUGGGGAAAAGGAGGCUCGAUUCCUUGCAGGGGUGAUGGAACAGUUUGCUAUCUCAGAAGCCACCCUCAUGGCCUGGUCUUCCAUGGAUGGUGAGGAUAUGAGUGUCAACUCAAACCAGGAGAACCAAGCUGGGAACUACAAUGAAAAUUACCAGCAGAUGGUGGAUAACCAAGGUGAAAACGGACAAGAUCAUCUGGUCCAAGCACAGUAUGACAGCUGGCCUCACUCUUAUGUCUCUCAAGGCAUGUACUGCCUGGGUUCCUCUGAGGCCUGGGAGACCAGCGACCAGUCCCUCAUUGCUUCCCCAGCUACCGGCUCCUAUAUUGGCCAGAACUUCGAAGGCUCCCAACCCAACUUGCAGGAAAAUGUUUUGAUCCAGAACAACCUUAUUCAGCAGCACCAGUUGCUACAGCUGCAGCAGCAGCAGCAGCAGCAGUUGCAACAACUGCAACAACAACAACAGCAGCAACUACAACAACAGCAGCAACAACAACAGCAACUGCAACAGGCCCUGCUCCCAAAUACUGGCCUUGUGGAGGUAUGGCCCACUCAGACAAUUCCUGGUGGGGGCAAUGGGGGCACUGCUGAAUCCAGCACCCUUGUGGGCGUUCACACAGAGGAGGAAGGGAACCCCUUGCUGGAGAAAGCACCACUAUUGAACAAGAAGCCCUCACCAGAGGAGGACGAUGUUGUAUGCCGGGAUUUGGAGUCCCUUUCUCCCCGGGAAGAGCCUGAACCUGCUGUCCUCAGCCGCAAGGUCUCUGACGUGACUUCUUCUGGGGUGCAGUCUUUUGAUGAGGAGGAAGGAGAAGCCAACAACUGAUGCUGCCAUUGAGGAACCUUUUGCCCUUAUGCAUGGGAAACACUGGUGGGGGGGGGGGGGGAGUGACAGGGAAGUCCCUCUCCAGCUCCGGAAUCCCCAGGCACACUAGCACACUUGUUUGUUUGUUAUUUUCGUUUAAUGGAAAGGUAAGCCAAGGAUCAAAAGUGCUGGACAUUGGGAAGUCCUCCUCAACUCCUGCACAUACUGGGCCGAACCUUCAAGACCUACUGCCUUGGACGCUCAGGCACAGGGAGCUCAGGGAAGGUAUCACAAGUGCAUGGCUCACAGUGGAUACAGGUCUGCUAAUAAAAGGAAUACAUGGCUGUAGAGACACAGCCAUACUUUUAAUACAGCAAUGGAGAGGAUGCUGCUAAAGUAUGCUCUGGUUGAAUGUAAGGAUCACUGAAGGUACAGACAAAAGGUUUACACUGUGGCCUUGUGAGAAGGGGAAUAGUGAGAACUUUGUUGACAGACGUACAGCAAAAGUGACAGGCAUAGAAUCUGCUUAUGGAAGUUAGGUUAUGUCAGGAGGAAAGCUCUAUACUGGAGACCUAGAGGAUGUAACGUGGAAGCAGUGUCUCUGUGGACACAGAUCGUGCAUGAUAAUAAAAAAUGAGGGUCAGUGGAUUUUAACCAUCCUAGGAUGUGGGCAGAGCUCCUAUGUGAGCCCAGUCCAAACCUCAUUCUCCAGCACAUGUACACUAAUCACUACAGAAAUUUUCCUUUAUCCCCAUUAUCUCUGUCUGCCUGGGAGCUGGAGAGGGUUUUCCUCCCUGUUUAUAAUAUUGGGCACUGCAUGCAGGGUUAGGAAAAGGGAGGGGGGGUCAUCUGCUAAGUUUAUAUUAUAUGCAGACAUGGAAUCCUCUCUAGUUAUGAACAUGAAAAACAAAGAAAGCAAGUAUGUGUGACAUUGGUAUCACAGUUUCCCAGUUUCUACUAGGGCUUUUGUUGUCACAUUUUUCAGAAUUUUUGUAUUUUGAGCAGUGGCCAACAGAGGGAAUGGCCUGGUUGCUGCCUAGUGUGAGGUAAUGCUGCUUUCCUAGGAUCACUGGAUUCUCUGUAGUGCCAAAAUAUGAAGCAGAGACUGUGAAAGAGAAUCAUUCUUCUCUCUUUCUAUUAAGUUUUGUCUCCUGUUCUAUUUUGUUUUUCCUGUGGUCAUGUAAAUUUUUCUCAGGCCUCAUAUCAGUCAAAAAAAAUGUGAAAGAGGUAAGCAAAAUGGUCUUCUGGGUUUUGCAAGAUGUUUUUCCAUCUGGUUUUUGGAGGAUCUGUGUGAAAACAACAACUUGGCUCGUGGGUUCACAACUUUAGAUCAAAGUUGCCCUCAACCUCUUUCAAUGUCUUGGUCAGGCAAAACGUGUUUUUUUAAUCAGUAUAAAAACCAUAUGUUAAUCUCCCCCAAGUCUCCAGCCUCAUAUGGAAAAUAAAAGAUGGAAUAAAAUAAUAGUGUAAAGCAGGGCAAGCCAAAUGUAACUGGUCAUCAAUGAAGUGGCAGAUGCUGACAUUAAAUAAGGACAUAAAGCCUGUCUGGUGACAAGGAUACUUCAGGCCUCUCUUUCCUCCUCUCUGGGCUUACCUCUUUAUGCCUGAUUUGUUCUGUUCACCUGGUAUUCAAAGCUGGCUUCUCACCAAUAUAUUUUUGUCCAGGCUCUUGACUACAGGAUGGUGGAGGAAACCAUACUGCAAAGAUUUCAUCACCCAAAUCUGGGACCUGUCACAUAAAGAGGGAACAAAAACCAGUGUUGAAUCCAGAAGGAGCAUUAUGCUUUGCAUUCAGAUAUCAUCCACUGUGGGAAGGGGGAGCUGAGUGGGACACUUCUGCCCCUGGAAUUUUGAAGCAGAGUAGAUGGAGGUCUCUAGUUUAUGGAUUUCAGAUGCUAGGGGCUCCUAUCUUCCCCUGGACCGCAUUUUCCUUAGCAAUGCUGUCAUGGCAGAAUGAGUCACAGCAAUGCAUGGAAGAAAAGCCUCUUGUCAACCUUCCUCUUCCUUAUCUCCAUUUCCUUUUUCUUCCUGGCUCCCCAAGUAGGGAGGCUGCUCGGUUUCUGAGUGUUUGGGGGUCACCCUCUUUCUAAAAUAUGUUUACAUGCUACGGUGCCAACCUCUGAAGGCUAAGAGGGUUGGAUAUAGCACUGCUCUGAGUAUGAGGGUGAAACCUCAUGUUCCUGCAUUUAUAAUAAUUGCUGCAUUCUGGCUGUCAGUGGUGGGGGAAUUCUGCCAGCGACGGUGACAUGGAUAGAAGAAAGUGCAGUGGGCUCUUCUCUGCAACUAAGUCAUGGAUGAGACUGGAGUUACCCCAACAUGAUUGCACCUUCAGGAUAAUCAGAAAGCUUUGAGAUAUUCCCUGUUUUGUGAUGGUUUUUGGGGUGGAGAUUCAGGCAGCCUACUUCGUCUUUCCUCUAAACCAUUACGCUCCACGUGCCUAUCCAGGACCAGGACUAAACCUGGAUGUUUACGGGAGAAAAGUAGUACAAGACCGGGUGCAGCAGCAGAAAUUUUCUUUGCUGGUUACUAGCAAAGUUCUUCCAUUGUCAUCUUCCAUUCUGCUUUAUAAAAAUGACAUAACUCACAUUCUUGCAAAUGGGAUUGCUUUUGUCAAGUGUACUUAGUUCUUCUAACCCAGUUUUCACUGAGUAGUAAACUAAAUCUGGGAGGAGGGGGUAUUCAGACGGUGAACAGCGUUACCAAUUAAUUUCUUUCCGGUGAAUAUUCUGCUAAAUAUUGGGAAAUUCCGGGGAUUUUGGUAAAACAUUCCAGGAAAUAUCUUUGAGGCUUGUUGGCAACACUGAUGGUGAAAACGAUCCUGUUGAAUGUGGGUUGAAUCUCUGUUGUUCACAUGCAUUUUGAAUGCACUCAAGUUCUUUUUGAGGGGGGGGGGGACUGCCAAAACCCCGACCUAACCUGAGAUAAACAAUUGUUUUUCCCCCCAGAUUUUCACAUUGUUGGUUGUGUGAAUAACCAAAAAUGCAAAUAGACCCGGGAUAAACUGGGAUAAAACUACAUGCCUUGAAUGUGUUUCGAAUGCAUCUGUAUAACCAACUCCAUCUUUAUUUCCAGUGCUGACAUGUGUGAAAAACUGAACUCACAGAGAUGCAGUUCCGAUAUAAAAAAAUAGUGUGAACAACAAAACCAGAAUGUGGGAGCGAGAUUAUUCACAUAGUCAUAAUAACAAAAAUAACAUCUGAAUAACUACCAUAUGACUUCAGAGAGUUGAAUGCUGUCCAGUACAAAACAUUUCCCUGCAUACAGAAUGCUAGACAUGGAAGUGCUGUGUUCUCCACAGCCUGAUAUUUUCUGUAUGCAAUUAAGUUUUUGUAGCAUUUUCAUUGAACCUUGUAUGGUAACCGAAGCUAUACAGCCUGUAGACAUUUUUAAACAGGUCAGUGGUGAAGUCGGCAUAAUUCUUUGUUUUCUGAAAUGGGUUUUGGUUUCUUCUUGCACAUUCCAGGCAUGACUUACCUACACUCGGACCUGUUUCGAUGUCUCAUCCUAUUUUCCAAAAUGUAUUUCCCAGUUACAUUUGCUUGAAUGAUUUCAACCACUCGUGUCUGGGUUUUGUCUCAAAGUCCAGUGGAGGCCUUUGGUCUACUUUACUGUGCUUUCUUCUGCUGUUUCCAGAAACCCAUGUUAUAUGUGAGAGACAGAGUUUUGUCUUGUGAAUAUAAACUAAUAUUCUUUAAUAGUUCUCUGGUUUAUUGGUGCUGUGCAUGAAGUGGUGGGAUUGCUGAAAAUUCCUUGGGGUCCUUCAAGCUACAAAAUGAGCUGAAAAAUAAUUUUGCAGCCAACCGUUUUUUAAAUAUAUAUAUACUUAUUUCUUUUUAGAGGUGGGUAUAUCCAGUGAUGCAAGGGGGCACCAAAUAUAUAGUUGCAGUGUAUAAAGAAGGAAUGGAAACUGUUAUAUUAAAGCAUGUUUAAAAAUAACCAAAGGUUUGAGGCUUAAGGGUGUUUGUUGUUUUGUUUUAAAAGUACCUGAAACUACUUUAGCAUCAGGGGAGAUUACUAGGAGUAGAUGGUCUUAAGAUCUUUUUGUGCUCUUGGGUUUCUGAACAAGGGAUGGAACAUAGAUUCUUCCCAUCCUUAAAGGAUGGCAUUUAUUGAGGUCUGUGACUUUUCAGGGAGAAAAUAAGGACUGGGGAAAGAGCAGAACAAGACAUGAAUUUACAGUGGUAACCCUCUCACCCUCCUCUUUCCUGGGGUACCCUAACACACAAAAACAAAACAGAUUUGCCUUUGGUCUUCCAGCUCCAAAAUGUCUUGGCUUGAAACUUUUUUGCUGGUUAUUCUGCGCAUGUUUUGAUAAUGUGACUUAUGAGAAUAUAUCUUCUAUAAAUAUAUAUGCCAUAUAUAUAAAUACAUAAAUAUAUAUAUGUAACUCUAUAAAUAUAGAUAUAAAAAUUAUAUGGCAUUUCAUGCCUGGUUGUGGUAACAGCCACUGAGGAAGAGGGAACAUUGCCUGAAAGGGCAUGUAAGAACCUUAUAUGAAGUUAUUAUUAAACAGCACGUGGUUUUUGCCA